UAGUAUGACAUCGCGGUACUGAAAGAGCGAGAAAAUCUGCAAAAAAUUGUUAAUUGUACAUAAACAAAGAAAACGGGGCUGAAAUGCCAUAAAACAACAAGCGUGAAACAAUAAAAAUGUAAAAAGUUGGCUGGCGAUGCCGUAAAACCCUACAAACAUGCAUUUUUCCAUACCGGACACGCAGGAACUGGGCUCGCCCACGUACACUGUGUAUAAUAUACACAUAAAUGGGAGCUAUCAUUGUUUUCUGCGCUACAAGCAGUUACAUUCCUUAAACGAGCAAAUGCGACGGCAUUGCUCGAGUUUGAGUUUGCCCCCGUUUCCCCCUAAAAGGUUUCUGCCGCUAACCAAUGGGCAGCUGGAGACGAGACGCAGUGGCCUGGAGCAGUACCUGCAGAUCAUUGGCCAGGAUGCUCGGAUUGCUCGCUUGCCGUUCCUACAGCAGUUCUUCCAGCGUGCUCAGCUGGACACGGCACUGGCCGAGGGCAAUGUGGCGAGUGACAGCGAGGAAAAGCAGCUUGAGGUCGAGGUCUACACAAAUCCGAAUGGAGCCCAACUGCUGAUUAAUUGCAAUGUGCAGCAGAAUGCCAGUUUGCUGCUGAAGAGCGUGUGCCGUGAACUGAAGCUGCCCGAUGAGCUGAUGAAGUUGUUUUGUCUGUACCUGAUGCGCAAAAAGCGGGAGUCCGAUGAGCUGGUUCUGGUGCGUCGCCUGAUGGACUUCGAGUCGCCAUACAUAACGCGGCUCCAUGCCCAGCCAUGUGAGUUGCUGCUUCGCACGUGCUACUGGGACUCGAGCUGGGAUGCCAAGCUGUACGGGAAUAAAGUGGCCCUCAACUUGCUGUACAAUCAGACCGUGGCGGAUGUGAGUAGAGAGUGGGUUGUCAUCUGCUCGCCUGGGCUUGGUCGGCAAUUGAGUCAUCUUCAGAUGCAAGGUCGCUGCUUGGAAUAUAUGAACGUAGUACGCGACUUGCCCUCCUACGGUUGCCUGCAAUUUGAGGCAGCGAAUGUCGACUAUCCGGAUCCGAAAACUGUCGCUUUGGUCAGCAUUGGCAACAAGGAGCUCAGCCUACGGACGGCGCGCGGCGCCAAGAUCUACGAGACAAAGUUUCGGGUCACCAGAAUGCGCUCAUGGCGUGUGAGUGUCACGCACAAUGCGCUGGAGUCGCGGCAUGAGCCCUCUCAGCUGCAGUUGGCAUUUGAGUAUUUGAUUGCGAAGCAAACAUUGCGCUGGAUAACCAUCAGCAGUGACCAGGCCAUGCUGAUGUCUGUAUGCCUGCAGGCAAUGGUGGAUCAGUUGUUGCACGGCGGAGGAGGGAAACCAGCUCCGAGUAGCGAUGAUGAACAGGAUGCCGGAGCUACAUCGUCCGCAUCCACACCCAGCUCGGUAUCGUCCACGUCGACCUCGACCUGUGCAUCCACAUCGUAUUCGACGACAACGACAGCGUCCAUGACAACGCCGCCAGUGAAGUUUCUGGCCCAGGACUUGACACCCAAGUCAAAGCAGCAAAGACUAACGACGUCCCGCACUUUUGGAGCUGUAUUCUUUCGCAACGAUGGCGAGGCUGGUGCACAUGUGGCCAAUGAAGCGUUUGAGGGUAUCGGUGAUGAUGAUCUCUGAAGCGCUCGCCAAACUCUACGAAUGGGUGCCAAACUAGUUGAAUUUUCUUGAAUAUAAACAAUAUAACAAAUAUCCGCAUGUUUUGUAACCACAGUAAUUGUUAA